UCUAACAUGACAACAGUAGGCGACCACCAAGACUGACUGUCAAAAUGUGAUGUGAUCCGAGUUUUUUUAUUGAAAAUAAUUUUCAAAUGGUUUUCCUUUGUAAUUAUACUGCAAAGUAAUGUAAUAGUUAAAAGUAUGAGUGUUUUUGGUGAUUUCCAACAAGUCUGGUCACAAAGAUUUCCACAAAGUUCGUUACCUGCAGCUUGGGAAGAAGAUGUAAGAGCGAAUCUUGCUAAACAUAAACAAAAAGUUUCUCUUCUCAAGGAGGAACUUGAAAAGGAAGAAUUUUAUGUGGAAUAUCUUGAAAGGUUGCUGCACGAUGUGGAAGAGCAUAAAAAGAAGUUGGCAAUAGGAAGAAAUGGAAACGAAAAAUGCAAUGAAGAUAGUCAAGUCAUUAGUGAUAAUCUAUCUAAGAAUGAAAGCCUUAAACCGACAGCUCCUCCUUUUGAACAUGAUGUAAAAAUAGAUAAUAAUUCUGUAAAUAAGUGUGUAACUGAAUUGUCUGCCCUUUUGAAAGAAGAAAGUGAAAAUGAAAAGAAUCAUUUGGUGCAAUCUAAUAAUGAUACUGCAGAUCCUAGUAGUUUUGUAACAGUUAUUGAAGUUAAUGGACUUAAAGCAGAAACCAAUCCGCCCCCAGUAAAAGUGCCCCCAAAGCUUCCUGUUAAGCCACGUUUACGGUCAUCUAACAAAGAUCAAAGUAGUAGCCUUGGGAGGGCAAGUAGCAGUGAAUCCUUGCUUUCUUCUACUGAGCAACUGCCAUAUUCUGAUGAACAUUUUUAUGAUUCUGUAGCAGCAGAAGCUGAUGAUUUAUCUUUAAGUGAGAAAGAGUCUAGUAAUGAGAAUGUGUUCACAUCUUCAAGUACAUUACAACUGCCUGCUAAAAAGACCACAACUGAUAAUGAAUCACUUGAACCUCAGUCACCUGGAACAACCUCUAAUUAUGUCAAUAUUGAGUAUUUUAUUAAGAAACGAAAUGGUACAGAAGACCACAGUAGUAGUGAUGAAGAGGAAGUGCCAGAACUUAGAAGGAGCGAAGACGGAUCUUAUGCCAGUUCUAGUUCUUUGGAGUCUUCCGCAACACCAUCAAGCAGUAGAAAAUUCAAACAGGAAGGAGAUACUAAAGUGGAAGCAGAACGACUGACCAUGUACAGAUGCAUAUUGUCCAAUAUUAUUGAAAGUGAAACAAACUAUGUAGAAUGGUUGAAUGUUAUGUUACAGUAUAUGAAAGCAAUAAAAGCAACGUUGGGCACGUCGCAUCCAGUCUUAACCGAUGCCGAAUUUCGAACGAUAUUCUACAAGAUCACAGACUUGCACUUGCUCCAUUCCAAUUUCCUAGACAAUCUCAAGAAACACACUCAACAGUGGGACAGCAAGAUCGGAGAGAGUUUCUAUUAUAUGGCCUUAAAUCUUCCACUAUACGGUGCCUUUUUAAGUAACUAUGGUCGAGCAGUGGACACAGUUCGAAAAUGCAGUGCCUCAAAUUCGCAGUUUGCCGAAGUUACCAAAAGCAUUACAUGCAAAAAUUUGUCCGAACAAUCGGUGUCUUUGGAAAAUCUCCUUCACAAGCCUGUCGCACGCGUCCAGAAGAACGCCCUUGUGCUACACGAUCUCCUCAAAUAUACGCCCACCACACAUCCGGAACAUCGCAGCCUUUCUGAGGCACUACAACUCACGCAAACCUUCCUUGAUCAAUUUAACAUGAUCCAGACCAAAUCAAUGUUUCCUGCGUCUGACAGAGCUCAGAGGCGUCUAGUCAAAAACUCCUUCAUUGUAGAACAGGUCGAAAAUAACAGGAAGCUUAGGCAUUUGUUCCUUUUCAAUGACGUGAUAGCCUGUGCCAAGUACAAAUCAACUGGGCGAAAUGAAAAGUACACUUUUGAACUGAAAUGGUUUAUCAGGGUCGAAGACAUCCACAUUUUAGAGGAGCCUUCGUCUAGUUUACACGACGUGUCGCCCUCUAAUAUCGUAUCAUUAAAAUCGCAAGCUUCCAAUGUCAGGGACCAAUUAAGGCAAGAAGAAAAACUUAAUGAAGACAAGAAAAUACGUUUGGGGCGUGGUUCUGAAAAAUACCGUAAAAGACUUUUGGAACUGGAAAGCCAGCUGGUGCUCGUCUCUCCCAACUUGGCCUUCCGCAUUAAGCACCGUCAAAGUCAAAAGACCUUCACGUUCUACCUGUCUUCGGAAUUCGAGAGAACCCAAUGGAUCGAGGCCAUUCAGACGCUACAAAAGACCAGUAAACCACCCACGCCCACCAAUAACGUCAGCAUGUUCGAAUUGCAGACCUGGAUCACCGCCUGCAGAACCUUCCUUAAGACCAAUAUGGGUUCUUAUCUUCUCAGGAGUGGACACGACGAAAGUCUUCUAGUAGGUGACCUUCAUAUUACUAUAAAAGAUCUUCAAGGACUUGACUACAGUGUUGGUAUGUACGUUUGUGUUGAAGUUGAUUUUUAUGGUCACUUCUUUCGCAAAGCGAAGACAAAGCUUGUGUGUAAUACAAACGCUCCUGUUUGGAACGAGACUUUCGUUAUUGACCUGGAGGGCUGCGAAAACCUCCGAAUCCUCGUCUAUCGCGAAACCGAAUCUCACGUCGCUCUUUUUGGCAAGCAUAUGCAAAAAUUAAGCCGCCAGUGGCUCGGCCAAAAUACAAUCGAAAAGAGCCUGCAAAUCAACAACUGUACGUUACGAAUCGGGUUAAAGUUUGUGCCUUGCGAAGUCAGUUUGCGGAGGGUGCCCACGGGCAAAGCCGGGAGCCUCUUUGGAGAGAAGAUACAAAACGUUUGCAAAAGGCAAAAGCGAGACAUUCCGUUCAUUGUUUCGGCGACGAUAAGAGAAGUUGAGAGGCGUGGCAUGAGCGAGGUGGGAAUUUAUCGGGUUUCCGGGUCCGCAUCUGACAUUUCCAAGCUAAAGAAAUCUUUUGAAACGAACUCCUACGAAGCAGAGCAGUUGUUAAAAGAAGUGGAUAUUCAUUCCGUAACGGGAAUCCUGCGACUUUAUCUGAGGGAAUUGCCGGAAGCUUUGUUCACUGAUCAACUGUAUCCCAUUCUUUUGGAAGCAUUCAAUCAGAGCGGUGGAAAUUUGAUAAGGAGAAUGGAAUUGUUGAAGAAUUGCUUUGGAAAACUGCCACACCAAAACAAAGCAACGAUUCAAUUUAUUUUAGAACAUCUGAUAAGGGUGAAUCGACAUGAAGAUGAAAACAAAAUGUCCCUUCACAAUUUGGCAACGGUUUUCGGUCCCACCCUUUUGAGGCCUGGUGGUAAAGUGGAUAAUAGUAAACAGAGGGAUCUUUUGGCCACCGGAACAGUUGAUGUAAUGGCCCAAGCGGGGAUUCUCUACUGUUACUUGCAGGAUUUGAGUGGAACCAUGAAACAGCAGCAGGGCUGAGCUGUCUUCACGUUUUACCAUCUGUGAUCCAAAACAAAAGUCAUAAGUUGACAAAAAAACAAGUAGGUACGAGACAUUUAUCAUUACUUUUUAAUUUCGUGAUUUUUGAAGCGAGGUUUUUUUUAUUUUUGGAUUGUUUAAUUUUUAAUUGGAAUUGGAAGAAGUUUGCGUUUUGAUUUAUUUUUAAAUUAGAAAAUAGCACGUACAAAUUAUAUAUUGCAUCAUCUUUGUCCCGUUCCCAAAAUUCUAUUUAUUAUAUAAAAGAGGUGCUUAUUUUGAGUUCCACUUAUCGUUAUCAUCUAAUUUCAUUUAUCAUGUAUUAACACACCGUUUAGAGGAUUGAGUUUUACAAAAAACGAAUUUAUCUUUCAAUUUAUAGACUGAUUCUUUUCAUUUAUUAAAAGUAUUAUUGCGUGUCAGUAUACAUAUAGGCGCUGUGUAAGUGUUAAGAAUUAUCUGAGACUUUGAUUAAAUAUUAAUAAAGCUUUGAUUCGUAUCGCGAGCAAAAGAGAACAUUUCUUUUUUUUUGUAUUUUAGUAAUACAAAACGUAAUAAUUGACAACAAAUCUGCCAGUUGUUAUUAUUAUUAUUAUUAUUACUUUAACACUAAAUUAGAGACUUUUUCCAAACAUUGAUAACCUCGACAAUUCGUUAUAACUAUAAUAAUUAAUCAUUAAUUAUUAUAUUAUCUAUCUUCCAAGUGUAGGUUGUAAA